AUGAGUGAAACUUUCGUACUAUUAUUAUUAUUUUUGUUCAUGUUGAAUAUUUCUCAUGUCGAAUGUACGACUGAGCAACAUCUUAUGAGAAAAUUAUUACAAUAUUAUGAGCCAAGUGUAAGACCAGUGAUUAAUGCUCAAGCAAUAGUAAAUAUAUCAUUUCGAAUGGAACUUACUCAAUUAUUUGAACUUGAAGAAAAAACUCAAGUAUUAACAACGAAUGUGCGCAUUGAGCAAAAAUGGAAAGAUGAACAUCUUGGUUGGAAUCAAUCAGAAUAUGAUGGUAUACGUGGUAUACGUUUACCAUCACAUCGUAUUUGGUUACCUGAUAGUUAUAUCUAUAAUGCAGCAUUUGAUAUUUCAAGUGAUAUACCGACACAAGGUGUUAUCAAUGGGCCUUAUGUUAUGGUUUAUCAUACAGGUGAAGUUGUAUUUCCUGUAUUAAUGAAAUUGCGUACAACGUGUAAAGUAAAUAUUCAAUAUUUUCCAUUUGAUCGACAAAUAUGUGGUCUAAAAUUUGCAUCAUGGAUAUAUGAUAUAUCAACAAUUAAUUAUGUACUUGUUCCAAAUGUCAAUGAUCAACAACAAUCAGAAAGUAUACGAAAUAGUGGUUGGGCUAUACUUGACAUUAAAGAAGGUCUUCUAUGGCGGUUACCGACAUCAUCCGGUGAAAAAGUUACUCUUGGUUUAACUUGUUUUGUUGCAUUUUCUGUUUUUAUGCUAAUGGUUGCUGAAAAAGUUCCAGCUACAUCGGAUACAGUACCUAUCAUAGGAAUCUAUUUAACAAUUGUUAUGAGUUUAACAUCAAUAUCUGUAAUAAUGGCCGUGAUCGUCGCUAAUCUAUAUCAACAAGCAGCAAUGUGCACAAAUCAAAAACAUUGUCCACCACAAUGGUUAAUUAAUUUUGCACUUACACAUCUGUCAUCAAUUCUCCGUAUGCAUGACAAGAUUAAAACAGUACUUGAUCAGAAAGUUUCGAAUAUUAGGUGUCGUUUUUUUAUGUGUGAAAAAAAGAAAGGAAAUAAAGAAAAAGAAACCAGUGGAGCGUUAAUUCGAAAUCAAUUAAGGAACAUUUUUCUAUUUACGUUUGUCGUCGUUGGAGCGUCUGCUAUUAAACAAAAAAAACAGUAUAUUGAUUAUAUUAGAAUGUAUGCCAAUGUAAGAAUAACUCAAAAUUCAUCAUGGGAUAAUUGGGGUUCGUAUGGUCUUCUUUUCGGAUUUUUCUUAGUAAUUAUUGGUAUGUUCACACAAUUUCUUGAAUUCCCACGUGUCUAUAAUGGUGCAAUAAGUGUAAAUUUAAACGAUUCUAUAAUAUCUGGCCUCUAUGACAUAACAAAUUAUUAUAAUCAUUGGUGGCCAUGGACAUAUCCAUCUAAUCUAUUUGGUCUUUUUACAUUUUUAACUGGCAUGGUCGGUAUAUUAGCUGGUUUCAGAGGAACUUAUACAUCAAUUUUUGGAUUUUUUACAAUGAGUGUUGUAUCAGCAUUAUUUGCUGUUUAUUUAAUUGUUUAUUUUUCAUUUAUUGUUUCAUUUUAUCAAACAAAUGGAAUGGAUAAACCAAGUAAUCGUACAGCAUUUGAAUCAGUUUCAUUUGGUCUUGCUGGUACACAAUUAACAGUUGCAUUAAUAAAUGUUAUAACUAGUGUAUUAUCAGCUAUUUUUGCUGGUCGAGCAAUGGCACUUUGUGAAAAAUCAUCAACAUCCUAUGGCCUUUCAUGUGAACUAAAUUCAUUACCGUCAUCAGCAAAUCAAAAUGAACUUCACACUAAUUAUGAAAAUAUUGUUGAAAAUUUACUUUUACAACAAGUAUUAUUAUAUACACAUGAACGAUUAAAUUCAUCAUAUUAUACUCGUUCACAUUCAACAGUAACAACAAAUAAUUCUUUAUGGAUACGAAAACAACAACAAGACCAAAAAUUCUCAAAACAUCCUAAUAAUAAACAUUCGGUGCUAAUUUCAUCAAAACAUAAAAACAAUCCAAAAAAACCAAUAUUAUGUCUUAUUGAAUCGGAUGAAAACAAUUCAGGUAGUUUAAUUGAAAAUAUUCUUUAUUAUCAUAAUCAACAAAAAGAUCAAUACAAAGCUUUCGAUCAAAAUAUAAUAGAUUUACUUAUUAAAAAAAAUUGUGAACGAAAUAAUAUUUCAACAAAUACAAAUAGUACAUUUUAUUUUCGUCUUCAAUGGCUUGCUAUUGGUCUUGUCAUUGAUCGUUUAUUCUUUUAUAUUUAUUUUAUAGCAACACUUAUAUCUUAUUUAGUUACACUAUGGCUUAUACCCUUUGCACAUCCAAAAUUAGCUAUUGAUAUUCAUUCUUUGUAG